AUGGCUGAACUAAGUGCGACCAAGCUCAAUGCAGACAACCACCUCUUACUGGACCAACCACUACUCCGUCUCCCGCUGGAAUUACAACGUCGCAAUUUCAAGAAAUCCCAGAUAGUAAUCGACCAUGAACAGAAGCAGACCACGAGCCUGUUGCAGAAGGCUGCAAAGAGCGCCAGUACAGCUUCCACGGAAGAGACGCUCAAAUCCAUGGAUGUGAAGAUAGCUCGGAUGGAGAAGCUAAAGAGAAAUCUAGAGACUUUACACACCGAGGAGGACACUCUACAUGAUCAGUCAGCCAAACGCAUUCGACACCUACAAGAGCUAUACGAGAUCCCGAGCCUGCUAGACGUCAAGUACGAAAACUGGUCAAGGACACGGCUAGACAGACUGUUGGUGGACUAUUUGCUAAGAGCAGGCUAUCUGGAUACUGCCGCUGUCCUGGCCAAGGCGAAAAAUGUCGAAGAUCUGAUUGACCUGAACACCUUCGUGGCAUGCCAUCAUAUAGCUGAUUCAAUACAGAAAGGCGAGACCAAGGACGCGCUUGUAUGGGUCAAGGACAAUCGAGAUGCCUUGAAAAAGCUUCUAGAAAAGACUGCACCAUCCUCGUCAUCACCACAAAUGAUAUCGACCUUGGAAUUCGAACUGCGCUUCCAGGAGUACAUUGGGCUUCUCAAACAGGUUCCCACUCGCCCCAUUGCUCGGUUCGAGGCUGCCGAACAUGCGAAGAAGCAUCUCACUCCCCACGCUCUAAGCCAUGCUGCACAGAACAGAGCAGUCGCUGGCCUGCUUGCCCAAGACCCAUCAAAUCCGACAGAACCAUACGCAGAAUACUUUUCCCCCUCAAGAUGGAUAGUGCUGUCACAACUGUUCGUCGAUACACAUCACCUACUCUUCAACCUACCAGCAAGACCACUUCUGCACGUGGCGCUCAGCGCAGGUCUUUCAGCACUGAAGACGCCUGCUUGUCACAGUUCUCUCAACCCAGCCAGCGCUGCAGUACCCGAGGAACACGCUAAGUUCGCGCCAGCGCAACAUCGUGGUGCUCUGUCUAGUAUCGGUGCCUCGCUCUGUCCGAUCUGCAGUAUCGAACUCAAUGAACUCGCCAGAAGCGUACCAUAUGCUCACCACACCAAGAGCAGUGUUGAGAACGAUGCGAUGAUGUUGCCUAAUGGUCGAGUCUACGGUCGCGACAGGCUUUUGGAACUGGUCAAGAAGAAUUUGAGAGCAAAUGCAGGAACACUGAAGACUACUGGAAGUAUUGACAAGGUGACGGAAGGGCCGGUGAUCGAUCCUGUGACUGGCAACCAUUACAGCUGGAACGAUUUGAAGAAGGUCUAUAUUACAUGA